AGAACUAUUUAGCCAAUGCAUAUCAACUUCUCCCUUUGAGCCUCAUUUAUUAUCACAUUCCAUUUAACCAUUUUUUUGUUGAAGAAAAUUAUUAUCAAUGGCAAAUUUGAUUUCAAAAUCAACAAAAUUUAACCAUUUUCUUCUAAACACAAGGGUUCGUUUCUUCUCACCAUUUACAACUUCUUCCGGCAACGGCGGUGGUGGUUUUAUUAAGCCGACGGGGAGUUUUUCCGGCGAGUCUGCCGCCAUUUUUCGGCCGGAACGUUACCAGUCCGGUAAAGCUGGAGAGCAGCUAGAUACAAUUGACUAUGAAGAAGUUGAAAAUCAGGUGAUGGAUUUUCCUGGUGGAAAAGUUCCAAUUACUUCUCAAAUGAAGUUUAUUUCGGAGUCGUCUGAAAAGAGAUUACCUUGUUAUAGAGUUCUUGAUGAUGAUGGUUAUCCACUUCCAGGGACAAUCUUUGAGGGGGUCAGCAAAGAAUUGGCAAUAAAGAUGUAUAGUUCAAUGGUGACACUUCAAACUAUGGAUACCAUUUUUUAUGAAGCACAAAGGCAGGGGAGGUUGUCUUUUUAUCUCACAACUGCUGGAGAAGAAGCUAUCAACAUAGCAUCUGCUGCUGCUCUCUCCUUAGACGACUUCGUGUUACCUCAGUACAGGGAAGUAGGGGUUAUAUUAUGGCGCGGUUACCCCUUGGAACAGGUUGCCAAUCAAUUGUUCGGAAACAAGUUUGAUUAUGGAAAAGGAAGGCAAAUGCCAUGCCACCAUGGUUCUAAUGAGCUCAAUUACUUAACUGUUUCUUCGCCAAUCGCAACACAGAUUCCUCAGGCCGUGGGCGUUGCUUAUUCCCUCAAAAUGGAAAAAAAGGAGGCUUGCGCGGUCACUUACUUUGGAGAUGGUAGCACCAGUGAGGGAGAUUUCCAUGCUGCAUUAAACUUUGCAGCGGUACUGGAUGCUCCUGUUGUCUUUAUAUGCCGCAACAAUGGAUGGGCCAUUAGCACUCCUAUAAACCAACAAUUUCGAAGUGAUGGAAUCGCCUCUAAAGGACAAGCGUAUGGUAUUAGAAGCAUUCGUGUAGAUGGCAACGAUGCCUUGGCAACUUAUAGUGCUAUUCGUGCAGCUCGCAAAAUGGCAAUUAAGGAACAAAGGCCAAUAUUAGUAGAGGCCAUGACAUAUAGAGUAGCUCACCAUUCAACAUCUGAUGAUUCAACCAAGUAUCGACCCGUGGAGGAAAUCGAACACUGGAAAACAGAAAAAAGUCCAAUAUCAAAAUUCAGAAAAUACAUUCAAAGAAAUGGCUGGUGGAAUGAUGAAAAUGAAUCGGAACUUCGCGGAGACAUCAGAAAACAGGUGUUGGAAGCUAUUCAAGCAGCAGAGAAGGUGGAGAAACCUUCAUUGACAGAUUUGUUUACAGAUGUUUAUGACAAAAUGCCAUUAAAUCUUCAAGACCAAGAGAAAUUUGUUAAGGAUGCUGUUAGAAGAUUCCCAAAAGAAUAUCCUUCUGAUGUUCCUAUAUAAGCUUAUAGUGU